UAUAAAAGCACGUUGGGCCAGUCCCCAGCAUCCUAUUUGGCUAUCACCUGUUGCUGCAUGAUGCUGGGAGGCCUGGGGAAACUUGCUGCCGAGGGCCUGGCCCACCGCACUGAGAAGGCCACUGAAGGAGCUGUUCAUGCGGUGGAGGAAGUGGUGAAGGAGGUGGUAGAGCACGCCAAGGAGGUUGGAGAGAAAGCCAUUGCUGAUGCCUUAAAGAAGGCCCAGGAGUCAGGGGACAAAGUGGUGAAGGAUGUCACUGAGACAGUGACCAACACAGUCACCAAUGCGGUCACCCAUGCAGCAGAGGGCCUGGGCAAGCUGGGACAGUGAGCACACCGGUCACUACCACCCACUCUUCCCAAAUCCCAAUAAAAAAACAUGAAAUGUG